AUACAAAGAAGGGGCGGUGAACACAACAAGAUGAUAUCAUUUCUCAGUAUAAACUCUGAAACUGGAGACAUUGUGGCACUGAAAAGCUUUGACUUUGAAACCCUGAAAACGUUUCAGUUUCAUGUUAUCGCUUCUGAUUCUGGGACUCCAUCAUUGAGCAGGAAUGUUACAGUGAACGUGUUCAUUUUGGAUCAGAAUGACAACCCUCCUGUCAUCCUGUAUCCAGUCAGCUCCAAUGGUUCUGCUGAAGGUGUGGAGGAGAUUUCCCGCAAUGUGAACGCAGGACACUUGGUGACUAAAGUCAGAGCCUAUGAUGCUGAUAUAGGUUAUAACGGCUGGCUGCUGUUUUCACUACAGGAAGUUACUGACCACAGUCUGUUUGGUUUGGACCGCUACACAGGACAGAUCCGAACACUUCGCUCCUUCACAGAAACAGACGAAGCUGAACAUAAACUGGUCAUACUGGUUAAAGACAAUGGCAACGUUUCCCUCUCAGCAACAGCUACAGUGAUGAUCAAACUUGUGGAGCCAAAAGAGGCUUUUGCCGCUUCUGAUGUCAAAAGUACAGCAAAGGAUGAUGAAGAUAAUGAUGUGACUUUUUACCUGAUGAUCACUUUGGGCGCAGUUUCAAUUUUAUUUGUCAUCAGUAUUAUCGUUCUUAUUGCAAUGCAGUGCUCCAAAUCCACAGACUAUACUUCUAAAUAUCUCCCAGAGACUAAUUAUGAUGGGACCCUGUGUCACAGCAUCCAGUACAGAUCAGGAGAUAAACGAUACAUGUUGGUCGGACCCAGGAUGAGCAUUGGAUCUAAUAUAGCACCCGGAAGUCAUGCAAAUACACUUGUGCUUCCUGACAGGAGGGGGACAUGUGGAGAGACAUACCAGUGAACUGUUAUUGGUGGAUCAGGAAGCAUUUUGUUCUGGAUGUCAGCAGAAACACCACUGCAGUGCUGCUGAUGAAGAACAAAUACUUUCUCCUUCUGUUACUCAUUUGAUGUAUUGGGAAAAUAAAAGAUAGACAUGAAACAAAAUUCUAUAUUCUGAACUAUAGUCUAACUCUGAAUAGCCCGUGCAAGUAAUAUUUAAAUUUCCAAAUGUUACACCUACAGUAUUUCAAACCGUUUGAAAACCACAGUCUUUGCCUAUUUCAUGUUCACUAUUUUUUCUUCUUUCUUGUAGAAUCUAUCCUGUAAACAGAGAGUGGGCCAUUAUUUAAUUGUGGGGAGCAAUUACAGCUAUAGUGUUAGAUUUCUUGGCCCGGCAUGUUUUCCUCCUGUCAUUUGUCAUAGAACAUGUCAGGCAGUUUAGAGCCAUCUGUGAUUUUGA